UAUUAAUACUAGUAGCAAUUUCCAAAAAAAUAUGCCGAAAAGUAAGCUCAAUGGUUCUGCUAAAUGGUUGUUAGCCAUCCGAAACAUAACUUUUUGAUGAUUUUUAGGCUGUACUUUAUAAAUCAUUGGAAUUACCUUUUCCGUCACCAAUUUAUGUGAGCCGUCUUUCAAAUGUUAGGAUCUUUGGCAUGGAUAAUCUUAUAUUAAUUUAAUUUUUUAUUGCAUUUCCUGCCAAUCUCGACGUGUGAAAAAUUAUUAAUUACAAAUGUCGAAUGACUAUAGAAUAUUAUGGUUUCAGUUUUAUUUGUGGAGUUGACCUAAUAUACUCGUUUUUCGUUAUAAAUUAUUACAAUGGAAUAUAUAUGAAAUAAUUAAUUACUGGAAUGAGAUUUGAAAAUUUAUAAUUGUACCGACAAAAUAAAUUGAGGAAAUAUUGAAGAAAAGCCUUGAAUUUCAUUGCGUUCGUUCGAUGAAAAUUAUAAUACCAUUUGACGGUGUAAUAAAACUUGCAGAAAUAUUUCUAUUUCUAGUGUUAAAAUUUUUGCAUUUACAUAUCAAGGGUUCUUUAUAAAUAAAAAAUAUGUAAAAUGAGAACAGGAAAAAUUUAUAAGGAGCGAGCGAAUAAGAAACGAUUGACCGUUUUAUGGCUAAAAGAAUGUGCAUCUGCCAAAAGCUAUUUAUUUAUAUUACAAAAUUCAUUAAUGAAAAUAAGGAUUUUGGCAUGCUAUUUUUCUGACUCAGAAAAAAAUGAAGGAAAGUAGAUGGGUAGUAGUAGGUGGGAGUGUAGAUAAAUAAACCUGAAUGUCUCGGUCGAUAUCCAUAGUCUGUAGAAAUUUAUUGAGUGCAACUCCAUUGAGACUCAGCCGUGACUAACCUCUGGAUUUACUCAACGAUGCCACAAGACAUUCUGUCAACUGUUUUCAUUCAAAUUAUUCAGCUUACAAAUGUUGCACGGCUGGCUCACAGCAAAGCACAAACAAAUUGGACCACCACAAGAGAUGAGAGCAGGGAAAUGAUGGCUCUUUGGCCAGAUGUUGUAAGAGAUCUUACAGAGGCUGGUCGACACCUUGAGGUUCCUGAAGCCACAAGAUGGAUUGCUAAAGUGCUGCAGUACAACGUCCCAAAUGGUAAAAAGAAUCGAGGUCUCGCGGUCGUUGCUGCUUACAGAAUGCUCGCUCAACCAGAGGACCUUACCGAGGAUAAUUUACGACUAGCAAGAAUACUCGGGUGGUGUGCUGAAAUGGUCCAGGCUUAUUUCGUGGUGGAGGAUGAUAUAAUUGAUCGGGCAGUAACACGCAGAGGGCAAAAAUGUUGGUAUCUUUACAACGACAUUGGCUUAGCAGCGGUCAAUGAUGGAAUUAUUAUUGGCGAAUCGGUGCAUCAAUUAGUCAGAAAACAUUUCAAAGGAAAGCCAUGUUAUCUAGAUCUUAUCGAAACAUUCGCCGACAAUAAACUAAAAACGGCUAUCGGUCAAACUCUCGAUCUUUUGGCGACACAAUUUGGUCGUAAACUGAAUUUAGAUCUAUUCACAAUGGAUCGUUACAACGCAAUCGUCAAAUAUAAAACAGGAUUUUACUCUUUCGUCAUGCCGGUUACACUGGCUAUGUACUUCGCUGGUAUAACCGAUGCUGAAGUUCACCGGCAAGCCAAAACUAUCCUUUUGGAAAUGGGGAAUUUUUACCAAAUCCAAGACGAUUAUCUCGAUUGUUACGGUGAUCCAAGGGUCACCGGUAAAUCCGGAAGGGAUAUACAAGAGGGAAAAUGUUCGUGGCUCGCGGUCGUUGCUCUCCAACGAGCGACACCUGCCCAGCGUAAAAUUUUUGAAGAAUGUUACGGCGUGGACGACCCGGAGAAAGUGGCACGUAUUAAAAACUUGUACGACGAUUUAGCGCUGUCGACAACCUAUUCGAUUUACGAAGAGGAAAGUUAUAAUCUCAUGAAUACUCAUAUACAACAAAUUUCACGAGGUCUUCCUCACGAUCUCUUCUUCAAAUUUCUCUCAAAGAUUUAUCGUCGCGAUGCUUGACCGUUCAAUACGGAAGAAAAAAAAAAUACCCUCCCUCGUCAGUUAUUGAGGAGGCUAAAAGGCAUGAAGAAAUUUAUGCAAAGAUUAAAUGUAUAAUUUUUUUUAUAUACCGAUAUAUAUAAUAAUAGGUACACUUUGAUCAAUGGUUUUGUACGCAAAAAUUGUAUACAAGGGUAUCCGUGUUUAAUUUUUUCCACCCUUCGAAACAACGAGUCAAUUUUUUUUACUCAGAAAAUCAGAAUUGUAAGAUUAUUCUUUCAAUCUCCGUUAUUAUUUUCCAAAUUUCUAAAAUGGCUAUACAUCACACUUCGUAUUAUUUCGUUUCGAAUUUCGGGCCGACUUUUCUACCUCAUCGUAUUAAUAAGAACAGACAACAGAGUUUUCUAAAAAAAAAUAAUAAUGAAAUUAAUAAUAAUGUAAAUAACACAAUUAUUGUAAUAAUAUUUGAAAGCAGUCGAUAAUCGUGUCUUACAGUUUAACCCGAUGACUUGAAAUUUCCUCUAUUAUUGUUUUUUUCAACGAAGUUUGUUUGGCAAGAACUUGCAAAAAUCUUUUUUUUCCUCCAGUAGUUUUAUAUUGUAAUAAGUUAUGUAAAAACUAAUGAGACGGUACAUUUGAAUUAUUCUGGGAUUUAAUUUUCUCGAUAAAAUGUAUUUUUUAUUUUUCACUAGCUCA